AGCGUGGUCGUGGUCGUUGUCGGCGGCGGUGGUUGGUGCGGCGGUCGCGGCGUGAAAACGGCAGCUAGCGGUAGGUUUGGACAGCGGAGCUCGGUGGCGGCGGUCGCUGGAAGGCUGGGCUAGUUAGAGGGGCGAGGGGUGGGCCGGGGUGAGAGCAGUGGCGCCUGGGGUGCGUAGGCUGCCUCGGAGGCGCGGUCGGUCCAGGUUCCGCCCGACGGUGACGUUCGUCGACGGCCACCUUGCGAUCGGGGCCAAUGGCAGCGCGAGCGGGGAGGCUGGGUGGGGAUGUGCAGGAGCGUGGCGCGCAUGACUCGGUUCCACCGAGCGCUCCGGGAGCCUCGGGAACCUCGAGCGAGUUGCGAGGCGAGGCAGUCAGUCGCUCUCAGCUACGACAUGCAUAACGCAUGAGAGAGCCUGAGCGAGAUCUUUCCGAGCCGUGUUCGUCUCUACUCUCUCGCGCGCGCGCGCGCACGCACGUACACACAGUCUCCUCUCUCUCUCUCUCAUCCUCUCUCGCGCCGCACACUCGCGCGAGGAAAACACACUCACACACACACACACACACACGCACGCACGCACACGCGACACGCAACACGACACACACGCACACGCGCGCGCACAAGCAAGACACCGCGCCGUGAAUCGGCCUCGUACUCUUCUUCUCCCGUGAUCGUGCUCGUCCGCGUCGUCGAUCGUCGUCGCACUCGUACUCCCGUGCUUGCGGAACGACGGGAUAGCCGAGCCCUCGGUCGCGAGUGUCGUCCUCGUCGUCGUGCCGUUCUCGGCCGUGCGAACGACGAUACCGUUCAGUGAUCGGUCGCGAGUGACACGAGAUCCCCCUCGUUGGCGGAUAGGAGCCGGCAUCUCGCGAGGCACCGGUUUCAGUUGGGUGGCUUGAGUUGAUCGAGAACGGUGUGGCAAGUUGAACGACGGAACGGAUUCGGAUCGCGCUCGAGCGGAGCAGCCGAUCUUGGACGCGGCAGUGUUGAAAGCGAAACGUCGGCGGGAGACCCGUCUCCACGGGAUAUUGUUCCCUCCCCUGUGCAACGAAGAAUACACCGAUCGUGGACAAGUAUGGACGAAUCGGUCGCCGCGCGUUCCACGAUGCCUCUCACUCGGGAUUUGGUGCGUAGCCGCGAACGAUGGACUGUGCGUUGAUCCGGGACCCGAGAUCUAAAAAUCGGUCGGUGCGAGAUCGGUGUGGUGGUAUACAGAUCGAGCGCUACUUCUCGGCGUUGAGCGGACGCCCGGGCUGCGACGACGAGCGAGAAUAGUCGAGAUAUCAUCGCGGAAGAGGAACAAGAAGGAGCAAGAGGAAGAAGAGGAAGAGGAAGAGGAAGAAGAGGAGGAGGCGGAGGAGGAGGAGGAGGAGGAGGAGGAAGAAGAAGAAAGGAAAGAGAGAGAGAGAGACAAGAAAAGGAGAAAGUGGAAAAAGGGAGAAGUGGAAAGGAAGCGGGGAAAAGGGUGCCCUUAGAGGGCAGCCCGAAAGGGGAUCGGAGAUAGGAAGAGAGGAAAAUCGAGGUGUGGACGAGCGGAAGUAGAUGGCCGCUACCACGUACAUGCCGAUUAGUAGCGCAGUGUCGUCCGAGCUGGAUGGUGGUUCGGGUACCGCGAUCGGGAUGAAUAUCGCUGUGGGUGGCUACUCCUCGGGCUCGCCUCGCAGCGCCGCCGACGCCGGGGAGAUGAAGUACAUGCCGGCGCCGCAACAUCAUCACCAUCAUCAUCAUCAUCACCAGGUGACGUCGUCCCCGUCGCCGAACGGCCUCUCGCACCCGUCGCCGGCCAGCCUCUCGUCGGCGAACCCCUGGGUGAGCCUGCAGCCGAGCAGCGACCACUGGGCGGCCUCGAUGGGCAUGCACCACACCAGCCACCAUCCGCAUCACCAUCCGCACCAGGCGAACGUGGCCGGGCUGGACGUGAAGCCGUCGAUCGCGGCGGCGGCGGCGACCGCGGCCGCCGCGGCGGCCGCGGCCAACGAUCAGUCGAUGCAUCACCGCGGAGGGCCUCACCAAUCGCCCGGGAUGGCGUCUCCGCACUCGAGUUGGCACGCGCCCGUCGUACCCUCGGCCCAUUACAACCCGAGCGGUGGCGCGGCCUCGCCCACCACCCUCCAGCAGUACCACGCGGCGAUGAACGGGAUGCUGCACCCGCACCAUCCCCAACACCAUCCCCAGCUUCACAAUCACCAGACGGGACUGCACCCGAACCUGAGGGAUCCGGGCUCGCCGGUCGGCCACUCGCUUCACCCGGGCCACGCGCACGACAGGGAUCAGAGCGCCGGGGAGGAGGACACCCCGACCUCGGACGACCUCGAGGCGUUCGCCAGACAGUUCAAGCAGCGCCGGAUCAAGCUCGGCUUCACCCAGGCGGACGUCGGCCUCGCGCUCGGCACCCUGUACGGGAACGUGUUCUCCCAGACCACGAUAUGCAGGUUCGAGGCGCUGCAGUUGAGCUUCAAGAACAUGUGCAAGUUGAAGCCGCUGCUCCAGAAGUGGCUCGA